GAUGAGAACGCUUCAGAUAGACAGUACCUGUGCGCGGUGCUGGUUGUGGUUAAGUUAAUGUGUGGCGCUAAGAAAUAGUAGCAGGGCUUAAAUAAACGCAGCGUUAAAGGCGGUGCGCGCACGCGACUUAUUACAAAAACACACACAUACACGAACAUACUUGCUUUGUGUGAAAAUUCGUGUAUUUCCUUAAUUGUGCAUUUAAAUUAGAAAAAAAAGAAAUACUUUUCGGUCAACGAUUUGUGAUUAACGAAGAAACAAUUCAAGAUGACAUCGCAAUUACGUUACGUUUGCGCGGCCUUGACUUUCAUGGCUAUUGCCUCUCUGGUGCUCGCCUUCACCGACACAGACCCCGUUGAAUUUGAGGCGGCGCGACCAGCAGUUCAACAAGCUGCUAGCAGUUACAAUUAUUUCCGUCUACCGAGAUCCGUUAAACCGCAAAAAUAUACGCUACAUGUGAUCACACAUCUAGAGAAUCCGGAAAACUUGACAUUUGUCGGUGAGGUCGCCAUGCAUUUGAUUGCACUGGAGGACACAAGCAACAUUACGCUGCACGCACUCAAUCUUACCAUAAAUAGUAAUGAGAUUAUUCUACGCAAUCUCAUUGCCAAGGAGAGCGAACAGAAGAAUUGCGUGCGCUCCACGGAGGUGAACAGCUACCACGAUUACUAUGUAAUGCAUUUGUGCGAACCGCUGCGCCAGGGUGAGGAGUACAUUCUCACCAUACCGUUCUCAAGUAUUUUGAAUUUGAACUUGCGUGGCUACUAUCGCAGUUCUUAUGUGGAUCGGGCGAGCAAUCAAACAAAAUGGCUUGCCGUUACACAAUUCGAACCGGCAUCGGCGCGUCUGGCAUUCCCUUGUUUUGAUGAGCCCGAUUACAAAGCGAAAUUCGUUGUUAUACUCGGACAUCACAAUAAGUACACGGCUUUGAGCAACAUGCCGCUUAAGGAGACACGUCCCAUGGCGGAUAAAAAAGAUUGGGUUUGGAGCGAAUUCGAAGAGUCUGUGCCCAUGUCGACAUACCUGGUCGCCUAUACUGUCAACGACUUCGCCUAUGUCAACUCUCAAACCAGUCUGAAGAAUAAGGUACAAUUCCGGACAUGGGCACGUCCCGACGCCAUCGCUCAGUGUAACUAUGCUGCUGAUGUGGGACCGAAGGUGUUACAGUACUACGAAGAUAUAUUCAAUAUAAAAUUUCCGCUGGAUAAAAUCGAUGAGAUUGCUAUACCUGAUUUUAGCGCCGGCGCCAUGGAGAACUGGGGUCUUGUCACAUAUCGCGAAACUGCAUUACUCUAUGCGGAAAAUGUAUCUUCUUUGGAAAAUAAACAACGAGUCGCUUCAGUCAUUGCACAUGAAUUGGCCCAUCAAUGGUUUGGCAAUUUGGUUACCAUGAAAUGGUGGCAAGAUCUGUGGUUGAAUGAAGGUUUCGCCACUUAUGUAGCUAGUUUGGGUGUUGAACACAUUAAUCCGGAAUGGCGUGGUUUGGAAAAGGAGUCAGUCGAUAAUACCUUGGCUAUAUUCAAGCUUGACGCACUCAAGAGCAGUCAUCCAAUUUCUCAAGAGAUCACACAUACCAACAAAAUAUCUGAAAUCUUUGACUCAAUCUCGUACAAGAAGGGUUCCACCGUUCUGCGCAUGAUGCAUCACUUCCUCGGCGAUGACGCAUUCCGUGCCGGUCUACAUUAUUAUCUCAAGAAACACGCUUACGCCAAUGCGGAACAAGAUGAUCUUUGGUUUGCACUCACCGAUGCAGCACACAAAUUCCGCACUCUUCCCAAAGCUUACGACAUCAAGACCAUUAUGGAUUCGUGGACUUUGCAAACCGGUUAUCCAAUUAUUACUAUCACACGCGAUUACGAUCGUAAGUUGGCCAAAGUCACACAGGUACGUUAUCUACUCGACACGUCCGCUUCGCGUGAUGCCGAGCGUAGUUGCUGGUGGGUGCCUUUAAGUUUUACUACACAAACCGAGAUUGACUUUGCUGCCACUACCCCGAAAAAUUGGUUGCAAUGCAAUGAAAUGAACGAGCCGAUAACUCAAACCCUUAGGGAUAUGCCUGAGGCGAAUGAGUGGAUCAUUUUCAAUGUGCAAAUGUCCGGAUUAUAUAAAGUGAAAUAUGACGAACGCAAUUGGAAUAUGUUGAUUGACACUUUGACCAGCGAUGAUUAUCGGAAGGUGCAUGUAAUUAACCGCGCGCACCUCAUCGACGACGCUUUGACAUUGGCUUGGACCGGUGAUCAGGAUUACGACAUCGCAAUGCGACUGAUUGAGUAUUUGGUACGCGAACGUGAGUACAUACCAUGGAAAGCAGCCUUGGAUAAUCUGCGUGACGUGAACAGAAUUUUGCGUCAGACUCCAGAGUACGAGUACUUCAAGAAAUAUAUGCGCAAGAUACUUUCUCCCAUUUACCUCUACCUCGGUGGUUUAAACGUGACUGAUGAAAUGAAUAUCGCACCACAUACCAUACUCCACAAAGAACUCAUUGCUAGUUGGGCCUGUCGCUUCGAGGUCGAAGAUUGUAUACCAAGUGCACAACAAUACUUCAAGCAAUGGCGUGCCGUGGAGAAUCCCGACGAAUACAAUCCCGUACCGAAGGAUCUCCGUUCAGUCAUCUACUGUACAUCCAUACGUCAUGGCAACGAACAUGAUUGGCAAUUCCUCUGGGCGCGCUACAAGAACUCAAAUGUGGCCGCCGAAAAGCGUACCAUAAUCUCAGCUUUGGGCUGCUCACGUGAAAUUUGGAUUUUGCAACGUUACUUGGAAUGGGCAUUCGAUAGCGAAAAACAUAUACGCAGACAGGAUUCAACCUUCGCUUUUGGCGCUGUGGCUCAUGGAGAAGUUGGCUUCCACUUAGCGCGUGAUUAUCUAAUUACCAAUAUCGAUUUCUUGCAUAAGUACUUCGAACCAAAUGGCUCUGAACUGCGUCGUCUCCUUUCGCCCAUCGCCAGCCAAAUGAGCAGUCAGCGUGAGUACGAGAAGAUGCGUGUAUUCUGCGAAGAGAACAAACAACUUCUGCAAAAGAUCGAACAGGGUGUCCAACAGGCUUUGGAGACGAUCAAAAUCAAUGCGCAAUGGAAGGAACGCAACUACAAUGAAAUCUCCCGUCGUCUGCGUAGUCGUCUAGUGACGGAUGAAUUUUAAAGGGCGCAAUUCGCGAGUUCGUCUUAAAACGUAGUAAUAAAUAUUAUGUAUUAGUUUGUGCUCCCCCGGGAAACUUUUAUGGCAUUAUUAUUUUAUAUACAACAAUACAAUGGAUUCAUAUAUUUUAUUUAAGAAUAUCACCAGCUCAUGAUGUUUGCAGACAGCGUAAUGUAUUGGAAAAUAUUUAAGUGAAUAUAAUUUUAUAUAUUUCCAAAAAUAAAAAUCAAUAAAAAGUAAUGAAUUAACAAAAAUAUA